AUGAAAGUUUCCAUAUCUCUGCUGGUCCUAUUUCACGCAAUUGUGGUUCAUUGCCUGAGAGUGGUGUCAAAGAGAGGCUCAGUGGAAGGAUGCACCGAUUGGUCCGUGGACUACCUGAAAUACAAGGUGCUGAUAGGGGAACCCGUUCGGAUUAAGUGCGCUUUAUUCUACGGAUAUAUCCGUGCUAACUACACCCAUGCUCAGAGCUCAGGACUCAGCCUCAUGUGGUACAAAAGUGCCGGACAUGGCGAUUACGAGGAGCCCAUCAGUUUUGACGGUACACGAAUGAGCAAGGAGGAGGACGCCAUAUGGUUUCGACCGGCCGAACUAGAUGACAUAGGGUACUACUCCUGUGUAUUAAGAAACUCCACCUACUGCAUGAAGGUGUCCAUGUCCCUGACGGUGGCAGAGAAUGACACAGAUCUUUGUUACAACUCCAAGAUGAGGUUCUUCGAGAAGGCAGAGUUGAGCAAAAGAAAGGACAUCACCUGCACGGGAAUCCAAGAUUAUAUUCAGCCAGAAGUGGAGCCCCAGAUUGUCUGGUACAAGGAGUGCGUGCCAAAGCAAUGGAGACCAACGAUCGAGAGAAAGGGGGAAACGCUUUCUAUCCAGGAAGUUCGGGAAGAUGACGUUGGGAAUUAUACCUGUGAAUUACAGUUUGGAAACUUUGUGGUGCGAAGGACUACAGAACUAUCUGUUACAGCUCCUUUGACGGACAAGCCGCCCAAAAUCCUCUCCCCGUCCGAGAGCCGGACCACCGUCGUCGAGAUGGCGCUAGGAAGUCCACUCAACCUGACUUGCAGAGCCUUCUUUGGCUACGGCGGGGAUGUCAGCCCGCUCGUUUACUGGAUGAAGGCGGAAAAGUUCAUCGAGGAUCUGGAUGAAGAGCGGGUACAGGAGAGUGACAUCAAGACAAUUCGAGAGCACUUUGGGGAGCAGGAGGUCGCCAUCUCGCUUACCGUUGAUUCCCUGGAGGAGAGCGACCUGGGAAACUACACUUGCUACGUGGAAAACGGCAACGGUCGGCGACAUGCGAACAUCCAAAUCGUCAAAAAAGCCGAGCUCACGUACACGGUGGAACUGGCCGGCGGUCUCGGCGCCAUCCUGAUGCUGCUCGUCUGCCUGGCGACGCUGUACAAGUGCUACAGGAUCGAGCUCAUGCUCUUCUACAGGAAUCACUUCGGCGGCGAGGAUUUGGACGGAGACAACAAGGACUACGACGCUUACCUGUCCUACAUAAAAGUGGAUCCCGACCAGUGGAGCCAGGAGAGCCGCGAGGAGGAGCGCUUUGCCCUGGAGAUUCUGCCCGACGUGCUGGAGAAGCAUUAUGGGUAUAAACUCUUCAUUCCAGACAGGGACUUGAUCCCCACAGGAAGUUUCAGCAGUGAUCAUUUCCAGGAUGACACCAGACUACUUAGAGCUUACAUCGAGGACGUAGCCCGCUGCGUGGACCAGAGUAAGCGCCUCAUCAUCGUUUUGACGCCCAGCUACGUCGUACGGAGGGGGUGGAGCAUCUUUGAACUGGAGACGCGUCUGCGCACCAUGCUGGUAACGGGCGAGGUCAAGGUCAUCCUCAUCGAGUGCGCCGAGCUGCGCAGCGUCAUGAACUACCAGGAAGUGGAGGCCCUCAAACAUAUCAUUAAAACGUUGACGGUCAUCAAGUGGCGGGGCUCGGCGAGCAACGAGCUGGACUCCGAGUUCUGGAAGCGGCUGAUCUACGAGAUGCCCUUCAAGCGCACGGAAUCCCUGAACGUCUCCCGCGAGCGAGCGCUGGACGUGAGCGAGCGAGGACCCUUCGGCGAGCUUCGGGCGGUGUCGGCUAUGUCCGUGGCGGCCACCGCCGUGGCCGCGGCGCACCCGAACCUGCGCUCCGACUACCGCGACUCGUACCGCGCCCACGUGAGACAGAAACACUACUACCGCGGUUACGACUAUGAAACGGCGCCGCGGGCAGGCACUCUCCCGCACCUGUCCUCGAGCAGGAACCAGCACACGUACUGCAACAUCCCCAUGACGCUCCUGAACGGACAGCGGCCGCAGUCCAAAUCGCCGCGGCAGCAGAGUUUAGAGGAAGGCCACGGCAACAGCGCUAUGUUGCCGCUCCUGCCCAGAGAGACCAGUAUUUCCAGUGUCAUCUGGUGA